CCAAGUGGUCAUCAUCUCUUGGACUUUACGAAUUUGGAUUAGCAAUCCCCAUCCAACAGUUCCUGCUGUAUUACAUAGUAUGGACAUGCAACAAGGCAGCUCUAGACAGCUCUCAAAGGCAUGUCAAGGCUGUCGUGCCAGAAAGGUCAGGCGUAAGGUGACUCCACGGAGUAUUGAUGGCCAUCUCAUAUGUCUAGAUCCGGUGCGAAAAAGUUGUACCAUGUUCGAAUUGCCAACACCUGCGGAUACAAUGCGUCCCAGCUGAGACGCAAUACGAAAAUCGGCCGCGCAUUAAUUGAAAAACAAAUACAACUUAUUCAAGAGCGCCUUCAUCGCAUAGAGAUCAAUCUUACCCACCUCACCUCCGCGGCAAAAGCCGAGCAGCGGAACGAUAUCGGCUUAGCUUCUCUAGGCUCAAUAGAUGUGUCUCCGCCAGACAGAACUACCCAGAUCGUACAGUUGAACCCCGGAUUCGAAGGCGAUUCGUCGUUCGCAAGCAAUGCGCUAUUAGCUGAGAAUAUCGCCGAAACAACUUCCAAAGAGAACGCUUCGCUGCCAGGGAAACACAUGAUUCAUGCAUUGAAGAAUCUGAAAAAUACACUUGAGCUUCAUCAUUCAAAACUAUCAGCCAAUUACACACAUUUUCCUGUCUUCAGGAGUGCUUCUCAGAAGCACAAUCGUGAACUCCCACCUGUAGAAUUCGCUGUUGCACUUGUGAGAAGAUUCAAAGCACGCCCUACGGAUAUUUUUCUGUCCUGUGCUUGGAGAGAUCCUAGCCUUCUCGAGACUUUAUGUCAGCAAGUGUAUUUUCCGUCCGAGCAGGUGUCCCUCGGUCGUCUGACGCUGUUUUACGGGCUUUUAUGGGAACAAGGCCAGUACCUCUUUCCUGAGAAUGAUCCGGAAAUCUCAACCUCCGAGUUGCGCACCUGGUUAGGUCUCUGCGAAAGGAACUUCUGUCUGGGUGUUGAAAGUUAUGAGGUAUUAACUUCACAAUCAUUGGAAAACGCCCAGGCACUUACAGUGGGUGCGAUGCGAGCUUUGGGACUAUCACGCCCAUUUCUAUGCCGUACCCUUCUGACUGCCGCUGCCAAUAUCUGUGUUUCAUUGGGUUACCACCGUCGAUCCACCUUACAAGGAGACCGCUCUCUUCUUGCGGAAUCGAAGCGUCAUGUAUUUUGGCUGGUAUAUAUGCUGGACAAGAAUAUUUCCCUUAAUCUCGGGAGAGCAUCUAACCUACAGGACUACGAUAUCGAUGCCGAAUUAUUCGAGCCGUCCAGUGACCGGAAAUAUCGCUCUUAUGAUCUUUUAUGUCAUGCCUGGAUUCAUUUUGGUCGGCUGGAAGGCAAAGUAUAUGAUCUAGUAUACUCAGUCCGCGCAAUGGCAAUGCCGUCUGAAGAUAGACUGGCGUACACUGCGAGUCUGGCACAAGAGCUGGCCACUUGGAAGGAAGCCGAACUUGAUCAAAUAUGCCAAGGGGGCCCUGAUCAUUCAGAUGGUCUCAAAUCUUUGAUCCUUGCAACAUAUCCGAUAUAUUACUCCAUCCUCACGCUUCUUUACCGGGGUAACACGCGGAGCCUAACCGGGUCAUCUCUGUGGGUGAGCGACGUUUGUCUUGAAGCUGCUCGGCAGAGUGUGGUUUGUCACCUGAAGACCAUUCCACAGUUCCUUGAUUGUCCCGGAAACCAGUCCACAUACGUCACUUGGGGCUUGCUAUAUAGCAGCUUUACCCCCUUCUUUGUGGUUUUCAUAAGCGUGAUGACCUCUUUGAACCAGGGAGAUCUUGGCCUUCUCAAAUCACUCAUCGAUGCUCUCCAGUCACUAGCCAAUGUAUCCGAAGGAACUACGCGGUUACAUAGCAUCUGCCACGCGUUCUACCAGGUCGCUGAAGUGUUCCUCCAGUCGAAACAGCAGGUGGAUCAAUCAUCAGUCGUCCAUUUGGACGGUCCAUCCAGCGAGGCACUGGUGGCGGACAGCAAUCAUUCGGAAGCCGCGCUCAGCCUAGCACCGAACGAUGGGCUUGAAUUUGAUCUGACCGACUUCGCUCUGGAGGGCUAUGGGAUCCCGCCAAUGGACACGCAAUGGGGUCAAUCACUCUUCGAUCUUAUUAGAUCAGACGGCCUGGACUUCAAUAACAUAAGUGGAAAUGACCUGUAGAUUGGAGGUGAUAAAGGAUCCCGAUUCUCUUAAUCAGAAUAUCCAAGGGGCACAGUUUCCCGUCCAGAAUGUUGUCGCAUAAAUGCGGCCCCCGAUUGUUCAUAUCGACCUGCAAGCUUCGUUCAUCAGCUUGAUACCAAGAACAGAUUGCUGAGUAUUGUAUCAAAUUGGCAGGUUUAUGGCCUCUUUCUGUUUUCCGUUCAAUUAUAAGUAGAUCAAGGAGUCUCUGUGCAGUAUGAAAUUUUGUGGAGUCAACAGAAAAAAGGGUCCAAGAGAUUGUAACCCCCUCAAGCAACAGCUGAGGCCUGUGCGAUGGUUAUGGCGACUCGGUUCAUACGUGCCAUCUUCAUGCUUAGCGCUGAAU